CCAACAGGGUGCUCUUUUGCCCAGUGUCCCCAAUGAAGGGCUGCACCGGGUGUUUAAAGCCCCAGCCCUGGCCUCCCCGCUGCUCCCUCCCUGUGCCUCUCGUGUCUUUUCCUGCCCGCCGAGCAGGGGAAGCCUUGGAGCGAGGUUGGGAAAGAAGCCGGCUCUUGGCCCGGUGCCUCUCCCAGCUCCUUUCAGUUGUAAAUCCCAGGAUGUGCUGUUGGCUUUGUGUUAAAUCGGAUUUCUGGAGAAGAAGUUUUCUCCCCAAUUCCGAAACCUCCAUACCUGAAGAUCUGUGGCUUUGACUCCGCUGCCCUCACCCUGGCCGGCCCAGCCCAUGAUGGCACUGUGUCUCAAGCAAGUCUUCAACAAAGACAAAACGUUUCGGCCCCGCAAGAAGUUUGAGCCCGGCACCCAGCGCUUCGAGCUCUACAAGAAAGCCCAGGCCUCCCUCAAAUCCGGGCUGGACCUGAGGACGGUGGUGCAGCUGCCUCCCGGCGAGAGCAUCAACGACUGGAUCGCCGUGCACGUGGUGGACUUCUUCAACCGCAUCAACCUCAUCUACGGCACCAUGUCCGAGUACUGCACCGAGAGGAGCUGCCCCAUCAUGUCGGGAGGGCUCAAGUACGAGUACCGCUGGCAGGACGAUAGCAAAUACAAGAAGCCGACCAAGCUGUCGGCCCCGCAGUACAUGUGCAUGCUGAUGGACUGGAUCGAGAUGCUCAUCAACAACGAGGACAUCUUCCCCACCAGGAUAGGUGUCCCCUUCCCCAAGCAGUUCCAGCAGGUUUGCACUAAGAUCCUCACCCGCCUCUUCCGUGUCUUCGUCCACGUCUACAUCCAUCACUUUGACAGCAUCAUCAACAUGGGUGCUGAGGCUCACGUCAACACCUGCUACAAGCACUUUUACUACUUCAUCAGGGAGUUCAGCCUGGUCGACCAUCGGGAGCUGGAGCCUUUGAAGGAAAUGACAGAACGGAUUUGCCACUGAGGCCACCUCGGCGGGCGCACUCAGCCAGCUCACUCGGCACCCGACGGGACAAGAGUGCUGGGGGACCCCUCCCGAGGACCUGCUCUGGGAGUCUCAACUGAACUAUGAACGCUGUGGAAGAGCCUCUUCAGGCCAGAGCUGGAUCCCAAGCUUGCUAAACAUCUCUGAGCAUACAUAUUUUAAAAAUUUUAACAGAUCCCAGUCUGUCAUGUGGCUACUGUCUUAGAAAGCCACUGACUUCUGGAGAACGGGGCAAGCUGGGUUGACUGAUACACACUCUGGUCUCUAAAAACCAAUCCCAUGUGUGAUAACAUUUCCUCAGCUAACUUGCCUCUUGUUUGGUCCUCAGCUACAUUACCUUCAAACACUUUGUUAGCGAUACCUGCCCUGCAAGCAGGUAUGCCCUUGGCUGAAUCAUGCCUGUGGCCUUGCCCAGAUGCGGGGGGUUUGUGGUAACAUCAGAGGUCAGCUCUGCAAAGCUGCUGAGGUUUGAUCCCAGCUGACUUCACGAGGUUAGCUGCCAAUGUCCUGUUCUUAAUCAUGAGCUGUGAAUGUCUCUCCUUCUGACCUAAUCCAUGCUUUACCAAAGGGACCUUUUUUAUUUUUUUUUCCCUUUUUUUUUUUUCCCCCAGGAACUUUUCACACUUGGCAGCAGGGACUUCAUGACUAAUAGCAAGGUGGCCCCAGGACAAAAGGAAGUGAAUUGGCGACUUUCCAUUGUGAUCACACAGUUCACACAAGUAUUUUCUAAACUCAGAAACUGUGAUACAAAGAGAGGGAAAUAAGCUUGCCAGAAAACAAACAGUGUUUCCUGACAUGUUGUCUUGGCUCAAAGCAGCAGGUGCAGGCUAGAGAAAUUGUUUUCUUUCCAUCGUCCAACAUUAUAGCAUAGAAAAACAGGUGGGGAAGGACUUUAAGAGACAUCUCGUCUACCCUGAUUGUCCAAAAAUGCAAGAUCGGUUCCCCUUAAGCCUUUCUGAUCAGAGUUUCUCUAGCCCAAAAAAGAAAGCAUACCAUUGCUACCUGGUCUGUGCCCCUAUUCCCAUGAAAGGCAUCACAUCCCAAAACUUCUUCCCCUUCUGCUUGCAGUGCCUGUUAACUAGUGUCCCGUUCCCUGUGACAUUUUCUUUUGACAAGAGUUGAAGUCUUUUUUUAUUUUAAUUUUAUUUUUUUUUUUUUAUUUUUUUUUACAAUUUUGAGGGAAUUAAAUUGUCUGAGCCAUGGCGUUUUAUAGUUUGUCUUUCCUGGCCUUUUUCUGGGAAAGUUUUGUACACCAGACCCAUCUGAUAUUUAUAGUAUUUGCCCAUUUGGGGGGGAGGAAGGGGAUGUGGCUAAAAAAUGUAAAUAUUUAAGCCAACACUAAAGUGCACAAAUGCAUUUUUAGUGCUCAGAGCACUUAUUUUGUUGUGAAAAUCUAUUUUUUUUAAUCUUGUGUACCAGAUGUAUAUUUUUACAUGGAAAUAAAAUGGAGCAAAAUGGACACGAAA